CAAGUGCCACGUUAAAAUACUUCGUUACUAGCCUGUUUUUUGGCAUCUUAUACCGCUUUACAUUGAUUUUUGAUUAUCAUGAAGCCUCUCCCAGUGAAAGUUCAAGACUUAAGCCGCACAAAACGUUGCGGAGUCGUUGUUUCCAGCUACAACGAUUUGCUAAACAAGGGGCGCGAAAAACUCGCCAUCCCAAAGAAAAUUCACAUUCGUCUGUGUUUGGAAUCAGAUGGAACUGACAUUUCCGACGACACAUUUUUAUCCCGUCUGGCACCGAAUUCCGUAAUCAUUGUACUGCGCCCUGGCGAAUGCUGGAUGGGCUACUGGAGUUAUCUUUUGAACGCCUUCGAAGAAGCAAAGAAAAUCCAUCCAUUACACCAAGCCAAGGAGCGUAUUGAACAAGUCCUUCAUUUGACCACGGAUAAUGCGAAAUUAUCCACGAUCGCCACAUUCUUAUCCGGUCUUAGCAAUAAGCGCCAGGCGGACAACCGCGCAGAUGAUCCCGACUGGUUCGAAGAUCUCCCGCCGACCGCCAAAUCCAAGGAAUGCGUGAUGAAAAACGGGGCGAGGAGUCGUGUGCGCAGUUAUUUCUAUACAGCGAAAAAGUGCGUUCAGGGCGCUGUUACCAAGCUGAAUUAUGAGAAAUAUUUUUCCGCAAUUUUCGAUGAAUUUUCCCGGAAGUUGGUGAAGAAUGACUAUUAUGGGGGAUAUUUUGGGCGGACAGUGUCCGAAGAAUUGCGUUUGUGCGAUGCAGAGGGAUGGUUUAAUUGUGAGGGACCGUUUGACGCGGAUUUCUGUCCCCAAACGCAUCUGAUUAAUCCGUUUGACAAUAAGGAAAGCCGGCUCGUGUUUUCCACCUGGAAUCUGGAUCAUCAGGCGGAGAAAUCUAGGACCGUCGUUCCUGGGCUGAUUCAAUCGGCCAUAAAUGUGCCGAAAUGUCAUCGCCUGAAUGUCGACUAUUUCUACUCUCUGCUUUUCACCAAAAUCAAUUUACGCUUGGUGCACAUAGCGUGCCACAAGAAAUGUGAACACGGUUCCAAAAAACUGGUGGACGAAAUGUUCUUUAUCCGUACCGGAAACGCCAAACUCACAAAACGCGGCGCCACGUGCAAGAAAGACCAAUGUGCCGAAAAACUGUCGAAUGUUUGUGCUGAUCGAGUGACCACUCGGAGAAGAUGCAGUAAAGACAACGGGGCGUAACGACGAAAGAUUUACAUCAUCGUCAGCAUUUCGCUCUGUUAAAGACUUAUCUCGAUCAAGUCGCAUGUCUUCCAGAUCAAUUACGAGUAAAUACUUUUCAUCGGCUGGCAGUUCAUGGUUUACAUAAUUUGUAAUACAAAUAAUUAUGAUGCGCGUUUGCCAGUAAAACUUUAUGAUGUAUGUUCCAGUGCUUAAAACUCGCUCU